AUGGCGUUUACUAUGCACUCCCACUCGGGCCAGUUCUGCGGCCACGCCGUAGACCAGCUCGAGGACAUCAUCAAGCACGCCAUCUCGGUUGGCUUCAAGACGAUAGGACUCACCGAGCACAUGCCGCGCUACGACGAGCGCGAUCUCUACCCCGAAGAGGUAACCCCCCCUCCCUUCACUUCCCUCAUGGCUCCCCGCUCAUCGACUUCCCUUUUUUCACAGCUCACCGACGCCGGGCCUGAAGCCGCCCUCGCCGGCCUCUCCCGGCGGCACGAGGCGUACCUGGUCGAGGCGCAGCGGCUGCAGGCCGCGUACGCGGCGCAGAUCCACGUGCUGAUCGGCUUCGAGGCCGAGUUCAUCCGGCCCGCGUUCGGGGCGCUUGUCGCGCAGCUGGUCGCGGCGGCGCCGUGCCUCGACUACUUCAUCGGCUCGGUGCACCACGUGCACGGCAUCCCCAUCGACUACGACGCGGCGACGUUUGCCGCCGCCGUCGCCGCCGCCUCGCGCGGCGGCACCGAGGAGGGCCUGCACGAGGACUACUACGACCUGCAGCACGCCAUGCUCGUCGCGCUGCGGCCCCGCGUCGUCGGCCACUUUGACCUCGUGCGCCUGCUGAGCGCCCACCCGGACCGCGACGUCCGCCGCGCCUGGGACGGCGUCUGGGCCCGCAUCUGCCGCAACCUGCGCCUGGCCGCCGAGCAGGGCGCCUGGCUCGAGUGCAACAGCGCGGCUCUCCGCAAGGGCCUGGCCGAGCCGUACCCGGGCCGCAGCAUCGCAGAGGAAUGGAUUAAGCUCGGUGGCAAGUUCACCCUCUCCGACGACAGCCACGGCAUCGCCCACGUCGCGACAAACUAUCUCGGCGCCGUCACAUACCUGCAGAGCCUCGGCGUCCAGGACGUCUGGACCUUUCGGCGGAACCCGCACCCCUGGGCCGCGGGCCAGGGCCCCACGACGCUCGAGGAUGUCGCCGUGCCGCUGGCCGAGAUUCGCGCGCAGUUUGAGCCUGCCGCGGGCCAGUAG